GAGCUGAGAUCUGAGAGCUGGAUAGUGACAGCCCAGAGGCUGGGGGCCAAGCCCCAGUCACGGAUCUUCUUGACACCAGCCAGUGUGCGAAUCCAGGUUCCAACCGAUGCAUGGCUGUUCUAUUCAGCACUGUUCAGUUGCAAUUGGUCUCCAGGGAAAGAUUGCCCUGGGAGGGCGGGGCAAACAGCAGAUGAAGGUGAGGUGAGCUGGGACAUCUCAGGUCUUGCUUAGAGUGAAAUGAGAUGUACUUUUAUCCCCAAAAUGUUACCCUGAUUCAGUGAAGAAUGUCUAGAUUCCAAGGGACAUGGAGCCCACUCCACCUGACCCGUGGAGCCGAGAGCCAGCCCCCGGAGCCUGGCGUCAUACGGUAUAGGGAGACUCUGUCUCACUUGGCUCUGCCCUGCUCUGUGUUGGUUUCACUGUCAGGAAGCACCCCCCACCUCUGGCUUCUGUUUACCCAGCCUGAUCCCGCAGUGGAAAGAGAGCUCUCCUGUUCAGUAAUUCCAGGGAAGGCAUGAGGACUGUGGCCCCCAGGCUGUUGCUGAGCCAGUGCUGGGGGGGGGGAGGAGCUGAAGGACUGUGUGUGCAGCUGUGUCUGGGAGAGGGACCCAGGGGCUGAGAAUAGGAAGGAGACAUUCCCCAGAGGGAGAUCGGAGGAGGCGAUGGGGAUGCCGGGCAGGCACAACCCCUGGAGGCUGCCCCGUGCCCACAGCCCCCGGGAAGUCACUGGCAGGACAGAAAUGCCUCUCGUACGUCUCCACUUUGCCCCCAGCAGCCACACUGGGUCCAACAGCCUUCACUGUUUUUCUUGGCCUGAACACUUUUCCCAAAUGGCCCUGUGGCCCCUCUGUCACCUCCUUCACCUCCCCACCACCCUCUUCUAAGAGAACCCCUCCCGCCCCCACCUCCAGCUCUGACCUCAUCUUGCUGUUUGCUUCCUCAGCAUCCCUUGCUCCUGGACAUUCUAGUAUAUACCUGUCCACUUGUGAUCUGUUUUUUUUUAAGAUAUUAUUUAUUUAUUUGAGAGACAGAGCAUGAGUGGGGGGAGGAGCAGAGGGAGAGGGAGAAGCAGACUCCCUGCUGAGCAGAGAGCCUGACCUGGGGCUCAAUCCCAGGACCCUGAGAUCAUGACCUGAGCUGCUGAAGUCAGACGCUUAACUGACUGAGCCACCCAGAUGACCCUGUGUGCACUUGUGAUCUGUAGCCCCAUUCCCAUCGCAGCUUCAUGCGGGCAAGCGCUUGGUCAACAGUCUUUGCCACUGUAUCUCCUCAUCUAGAACAUGCCCGGCACAGACUGGAGAUGCGCUGGCAGCUGAGCGAGCAGCUGCGCUGCCUGGAGCUGCAGGGGGAGCUGCGGCGGGAGCUGCUGCAGGAGCUGGCCGAGUUCAUGCGGCGGCGCGCCGAGGUGGAGCUCGAGUACUCCCGGGGCUUGGACAAACUGGCAGAGCGCUUCUCCGGCCGCGGCGGCCGCCUCGGGGGCAGCAGCCGGGAGCACCAAAGCUUCCGGAAGGAGCCGUCCCUCCUGUCGCCCUUGCACUGCUGGGCCGUGUUGCUGCAGCAGACGCGGCAGCAGAGCCGGGAGAGCGCGACCCUCAGCGAGGUGCUGGCCGGGCCCCUGGCCCAGCGCCUGAGUCACAUCGCAGAGGAUGUGGGGCGCAUCGUCAAGAAGAGUAAGGAUCUGGAGCAACAGCUGCAGGAGGAGCUGCUGGAGGUGGUGUCGGAGCUUCAGACGGCCAAGAAGACGUACCACGUGUACCACAUGGAGAGCGUGAAUGCCGAGGCCAAGCUCCGGGAAGCCGAGCGGCAGGAGGAGAAGCGGGCGGGUCGGAGUGCCUCCGCCACCACCACCACCACCACCACUGAGGCAGGACCCCUCCGCAAGAGCUCCCUCAAGAAGGGAGGGCGGCUGGUGGAAAAGCGUCAGGCCAAGUUCUUGGAACACAAACUCAAGUGCACAAAGGCGCGCAACGAGUACCUGCUCAGCCUGGCCAGUGUCAAUGCUGCCGUCAGCAACUACUACUUGCAUGACGUCAUGGACCUCAUGGAUUGCUGUGACACAGGAUUCCACUUGGCCCUGGGGCAGGUGCUCCGGAGCUACGCGGCUGCCGAGAGCCGCACCCAAGUCUCCCAGAUGCAGGGCCUGGGCAGCCUGGAAGAGGCCGUGGAGGCCCUAGAUCCUCCAGGGGACAAGGUCAAGGUGCUGGAGGUGCAUGGAGUUGCCUUCUGUCUCCCACAGCGUUUUGACUACCACCCCCAUGAGGGAGAUGAGGUGGCUGAGAUCCGGCUGGAGAUGGAGCUGCGGGACGAGAUUCUGCCCCGAGCCCAGAAUAUCCAGAGCCGUCUGGACCGACAGACCAUCGAGACAGAGGAGGUGAGCAAGACCCUGAAGGCCACACUGCAGGCCCUGCUGGAGGUGGUGGCGUCGGAAGACGGGGAUGUGCUUGACUCCCUCCAAGCCAGCCCCUCCACCCCCUCCACCGAGUCCCUCAAGUCCACCAGCUCGGAUCCAGGCACCCGGCAGGCUGGCCGGAGGCGGGGCCAGCAGCAGGAGACGGAGACCUUCUACAUCAUGAAGCUCCAGGAGUACCUGAGUGGACGAAGCAUCCUUGCCAAGCUGCAGGCCAAGCAUGAGAAACUGCAGGAGGCCAUUCAGCGAGGUGACAAAGAGGAGCGGGAGGUGUCUUGGACCCAGUACACACAGAGAAAACAGCAGAAGAGCCGCCACCCCCGCCCCAGCUCCCAGUAUAACCAGAAACUCUUCGGGGGAGACAUGGAGAAGUUUAUCCAGAGCUCAGGCCAGCCCGUGCCCCUGGUGGUGGAGAGCUGUGUCCGCUUCAUUAACCUGAAUGGCCUGCAGCACGAGGGCAUCUUCCGGGUGUCAGGCGCCCAGCCCCGGGUCUCAGAGAUCCGUGACGCUUUCGAGAGAGGGGAGGACCCACUGGUGGAGGGCUGCACAGCUCACGACCUGGACUCAGUGGCAGGGGUGCUGAAGCUCUACUUCCGGAGCCUGGAUCCCCCGCUCUUCCCACCGGACCUGUUCCGAGAGCUGCUGGCCUCUGCAGAGUUGGAGGCUGUGGCCGAGCGGGUGGAGCGCGUUGGCCAUCUCCUGGCCCAGCUGCCCGCACCAGUGCUGGUCGUCCUGCGCUACCUCUUCACCUUCCUCAACCACCUGGCUCAGUACAGCGACGAGAACAUGAUGGACCCCUACAACCUGGCCGUGUGCUUCGGGCCGACACUGCUGCCCGUGCCCGCCGGGCAGGACCCCGUGGCCUUGCAGGGCCGGGUGAACCAGCUGGUGCAGACUCUCAUCGUGCAGCCCUCCCGGGUUUUCCCACCGCUGACCCUGCUGCCCGGCCCCAUCUACGAGAAGUGCAUGGCACCGCCCUCCUCCAGCUGCCUAGGGGAUGCCCAGCUAGAGGGCCUGGUCGGGGAGAACGAGCCGGAGCUGGAAGCUGGGACCCUGGCCCAGGAGGAUGACCUGGAGGGCGUCGUGGAGGCCGUGGCCUGCUUUGCCUACACGGGCCGCACAGCCCAGGAGCUGAGCUUUCAGCGCGGGGACGUACUGCGGCUGCACGAACGGGCCUCGGGCGACUGGUGGCGGGGCGAGUGCUCAGGCGCCCGGGGACUCAUCCCGCACAAGUACAUCGCGCUGCCCGAGGGUGCAGAGAAGGUGGGCCAGGGGCCGCAGGCGAGCAGUCCCGAGGUCCUCCUGGCCAUGGAAUUCGUCCAUCGGCCAGAGCCAUGCACCCCACCUGAGGCCCCUCUGGGCACACCCGGGGGCCCCUCUGGGCACAGACGGCACUGCUUGGUCCCCACCUCCCCGGAGCGGUAUGUGGAGGUAGACAAGGCCAUGGCACAGACCAUGGACUCCGUGUUUAAGGAGCUCUUGGGAAAGACCUCCGCCCGCCAAGGCCUCGGGCCAGCAUCCACCAGCUCCCCCAGCCCCGGGCCCUACAGCCUGAAGCCUCCAGCCUGCGGCCGCCUCGGCAAGAACAGAGGCUUCUCCCGGGGCUCCGGGGCCCUGGCGUCCCCCUCGGCGUCCCCCUCGGCGUCCCCCUCGGCGUCCCAUCCCCAGAGCCUGGACUCGCCCCUUAAGCACUGAGGCUCUGCGGCUGCCCUGCAGGCCCCGCCCCGCCCCGGGUGGCCACCCUUGGCUUCUCCCUGGCCCCGUGCAGCCAGCGCUGGGCUCCUGCCCUCGCCCCCUUCGCAGAGGAGGACACAGCUGCCUGCCCCACAGCCCUGGCUGUGGCCCCCUUGGGAGGCAGCUGCGGAGGGAGGCCGGGGGCAGGCCCCUCCCUGGCUUUGCUGUGACGGCCUGUCAGUGGCUGUUGCGUGGUGGGCUCCCGGGGCCUGUCUCUGCCUCCGCUGAGGGUGCGAACCUGGUGGAGGCUGGCAGGCGUGGGCUGCCAUUUAUAAAGGCCUGUGCGUUCACUCCCCAUGCAAGCCAGUUGUCUGUCCUGGGGGGCUGGGCAGGC